AAAGAGCGAGAGAGAGUUUGGAAAAGUUAAAGUUUGAGCUCCGACUUCCUGUCUGCUUAGGGACUCGCUAAACGAAGGACGAGCGGCUCGCUCGGCCUUGUUGACUUUUGUCAGUCGGGAUCGAGAAGCACCCGCUGCUCGUUCGUGCACGCGCGCGAGCCAAUCACAGCAACGACAGACAGGAAGCCUGUCAAGCGAGUAACGUCCUUGCUGCUGCCCACCGCGGUUCCAAGAUGGCCGCCACGAGCGCGUCGCCGCUGCUGCUGCUGCUACCGCUGCUACUGCUGCCGGGAGCGAUCGCCGGUGUCAUCGUGGAGGUGAACGCCAGCAUGGAGGUGGCCAGGGGGCGCUCGGCCUUCCUGGGCAAGGAGAUGCUGCAGAUCCGGACGGACCCCGACGCGCACUGCAAGGUGGAGGUGGCCCUCAACCAGCCGCUCACGCAGCGGGUGGGCCGCAUCACGCCGCAGGUGUUUGACUGCGACUUCCUGCCGGAUGAGGUCGUGUACCAGCACAAUGGAAGUCCUCUGCUGGACAGCGACCAAGUUCUACUGCGGGUCUACAGGCUAGGCUUGUCAGAGACGAGAGUGGAGACAGCGGUCGUGCGGGUUCGCGUGGUGGACCGGUCGCCCGGCCUGGUGGACUUGGGCCCGACCACCCUGUGGGUUCCCAACUUUUAUGCGCUCUCCAAUGCCAUCGACCGCUCGGUCGUCAACAUCAGAAGCCGGCACGGUGCAGCGUGCACCGUGCGAUUGGUCACUGCCGCCGGAGUGCUGACCGCCGGCCAGCUGGUGCGGGAGGACGAUGCCCUCCAGAGGAAAGGUCGUGACGCGGCAGCGCUUUGCCCGGGCAACCGAGCCUGCGCGUCGGGCACCAAGGAAGUCCAUUUCCUGAAGACCACCUGCCACGACUUCCUGAGUUCGGGCCUCAAGUACCGACACUUAAGCCCGCCCUCGCCCGACCUUGACUACAUCGCCAUCAGCGUGGAGCUGAGGGAGCAGGAGACCAGGGCUCUGCUGGAGACGCAGUCUCUGUGGCUGCCUGUCCAGAUCGUUGGGGCAACGCCCAACCAGCCGCCGCGGGCCACCUUCAUGGCGUCCUUCAUCCUGGAAGUGGACCAGUUUGUCCUGACGCCCAUCACCACCGCCACACUGGACGCUGAAGACCCCGAGGGCCCCAAAGACGGGCUGGCGUUCAACGUGAGCGUCCCACCUCCCCGAGGCUACAUCACCCACCUGGACGAGCAUAGCAAGCCAGUUGGCUCAUUCAGCUGGUCCGACCUCCACUACCUUAAGGUGGCCUACCAGCCGCCCAACAGCAGCCGCCCCGCGCGCGACAACUUUCAGAUGGAGUUCCGGGCCAUUGACACUUCCGACGCUUUCAGUCCGCCCAUUGUUGUCCACGUGUCCAUCAGGGCAGCGGAGACCGACGCGCCCCGGGUCUCCUGGAACACGGGUUUAGACCUGCUGGAGGGUCAAUCGCGAGCCAUCACGUGGGAGGAGCUGCAGAUCGUGGACCGCGACAACCUCGACGACGUUGUCCUGGUUGCCGUGGAUGGGCCCGUGCAUGGGUGCCUCAUUGUGAGAGGUGUGAAGGCGUUUGCGUUCGGUGUGCGAGACCUGCGCGAGGGCGCGGUGGCCUACGAGCACUCGGACAGUGAGAGCACCCGCGACCAUGUGGUCUUCCGCAUCAGCGACGGGCGCCAUAGCCUGCGCUAUAAGUUCCCCAUCAACAUCCUGCCACGCGACGACAUGCCGCCUUCCCUGGUCAACAAUGUGGCGCUGGAGGUGCCCGAGGGUGGCGCCCUCAGGUUGCGCCCAGCCGCCCUCUUAGCCUCCGACCCGGACUCGCCCGACGACCGCAUCCUCUUCAGGGUGGACACCCCCCCCAGGGCCGGCCGGCUUGUCUCCAGAGCCGACCCACGCAACCCCGGCCUUCCAGUCACGUCCUUCCUCCAGCGCGAGUUGACUCAGGGUCUGAUCUUCUACCAACACUCCGGAGACGAAAUCUUUGAGGACUCCUUUGAUGUCACGCUGGCCGACUCGCACGUGCCGCCCAACCUCUCGGAAGCUUACAUGGUGUCGGUGGUGGUGUUCCCGAUGGAGGACGAGCUCCCGGUGGAGUCCGGAGGCAGCGUGCGUCACCUGACGCUGAAGGAGACUCAAGUGGCCUUUGUCACCCGCACACACCUGUGCUUCAGCCACCCCGAACACCCGCACGCUGACCUCACCUACACCGUCACCCUGCCCUGUCACAGCCCGACGCAUCCCGGUUUGAUGGACGCCGGCCGCCUCAUCUUUGUAGACGGCGCCGCCGCCCUGCGGCGGGACCCCACGGCGCCGGCGCUCAAGUCCUUCACACAGCACGCGGUCGACCACCUGAAGGUGGCGUACAUGCCGCCCCUGGAGGACAUCGGCCCUGACCCACUCGACGUCCGAUUUAUCUUCACUGUCAGCGACCGUCGUGGCGGCGCCCUCUCCGGCCUCGACUUCAACAUCACCGUCACCCCCGUCGACGACCGGCCACCCGAGGCUUUCAGCAACCUGCUGCGCGUGGAGGAAGGCGGGACGGUGUUCGUGACGGAUGAGCACGUGUUGGUGCGCGACAGCGACACCCGCCAAUCGAACCUCAAGGUGGCGCUGGAGCGGCCACCGCACUGCGGUCGACUGGAACUGCGUGGGCGGAGCCUGCGACCUGGCGACUCAUUCACGCUGGCCGAUCUCAGAGGACUCGCCGUCAGGUAUAUCCAUGACGACUCGGAGAGCACAGAGGACGACGCCGGACUUCGCGUAACGGAUGGCGUCAACGCUGUCUUGCUGGACCUGCUCAUCCACGUGGUGCCCGUGAACGACGUACCUCCGCAGCUGAACGCGGGCCUGCGGGGCGAGCUGCGCUGCCCCGAGGGCGGCCGCGUCCAGCUGACUGCCGACUACGUGGCGGCCACUGACCACGACAGCGAGGAUGCCGAGCUGAUCUUCAUGUUGGCGCGGAAGCCCACCAGCGGCGAGCUGCGCAGUGCGGGACUUCCCGUGGACAAGUUCACCCAGAUGGACCUCCUGCAGGGUCACGUGUUCUACGUGCACACGGGUGGCGAGAUUGGCCCCGCCUCCACAUCCGACACUGUCACACUCAUCAUCUCCGACGGCAACGAGGGCGGGACGGACGGCUGUUGCCACAGUGGCGCCCCGCCCAUACCUCUGCAUGGCACGCUCCCCGUGUACGACCUCAACAUCACGCUGCUUCCAGUCAACAACAAAGUUCCCAGCGUGGUCCUGGGAGCGUCCGCGUUGCAGGUGGACGAGGGUUUGAGGGCGUGCCUGCGCGGAGCCAUCCUGGGGGCCUCAGACCCCGAUAGCACUCCCGAGCAGCUGACCUUUCACCUGGAUGCCAAGCCCCUGCACGGCUUCCUGGAAAACGUUCAGCCAGCAGCCGGAUCCGAAAAGAGCAAUGCGGGAAUCGCCGUAGAGUCAUUCAAGCUGGACGAGUUGACGUCGGGCUUCGUCAACUACGUCCAAUCAGAGCACAAAGGGGCGGAGCCCACGGCAGACCGAUUGCUCAUUGGUGUGAGUGAUGGCUUGCAUCACUCUGCCUCUGUCCCCGUCGACAUCGUCAUCAAGCCCACCAAUGAUGAGGCGCCGUCGCUGCGUCUCGCCAACUUUACAGUGAAGGAGGGGGGCACACGGGAGUUGACACCGUCCCUCCUGGACGCCUUUGACCUGGAUGCCCCCCCGGAUGAGCUGACCUUCAGCCUGACAGCGGCGCCGGCGCACGGCAGCCUGAAGAUGAGCGUCUCCCGCCCCGGAGAAGAGGCCCGCGCUUCCGCCAUCACCGUCAUGUCCUUCACCCUGCGGCAGCUGCGCCAGGGCAUGCACCUGUGGUACACGCACGAUGACUCUGAGAGCCUGGAUGACCGGCUGACUCUGCGACUGACAGAUGGCGUCCACUCACUCAGUGCUACUGCCACCGUUACCGUGCUGCCCGUUGACGACCACCCGCCCCACCUCCUCAAGAACGCCGGGGCAGAGGUGGAGCCUGGCAUGCGGCGGCGGCUCUCCGCCGUGGUCCUUCAGGCUGAGGACGCCGACACGCCGGCCCAUAAACUCUUCUACCUGCUACACGCCACGCCACGCUUGGGAAAGCUGCAGUUGGAGAGCGAGACGGGCCCGAUGGAGCUGGGGGCGGGUCAGAACUUCACUCAGGAUGACGUGGACGCGAACCGGCUGAGCUACAUGCCUGGCGAGCGCGCCGACGCGGCCGGGUUCAAAGGUCACGACGGCUUCAGCUUCAGCCUCAGCGACCUGGAACACCAAAGCUCGCUCCACACCUUUUCUAUCAACAUCAGCGCCACCCACAAAGGCGACAUCUUUGUGUGGACGGGCGAGGUGCGCGUAAGGGCGGGAGAGCGCGUGGUCCUGAACACCGACUUCCUGCGGGCGUGGGACGGCGGUGGGCGCCCCAAGCGGCUGCGCUACACGGUGACGGUGACGCCGCGCCACGGCCUGCUGCACGCCGUAAUGCAACCUGGCGUGCCGCUCGACACCUUCACGCAAAUGGACGUGGCCGCGCAGCGCGUCUGCUACACGCACGACAACGGACAACUGCAACGCAGCGACACCUUCAGUUUUGUGGUGAGCAACGGUGAGCGGACACAAGUCGGCAGCGUGCAUUUGUCCAUCGAAGAGGUAGACCGCAUCCCGCCGACGUUGGAGGUCAACGUGGGCAUGCGCGUGCAAGACGGCGGCAUGGCGGCCAUCACCGCCGAGCACCUGCGGCUCAGCGAUGCUCAGGCGUCUGCCUCCGAGCUCACCUUCACGCUGACCCGGCUGCCGCGAUACGGACGCCUGCUGCUGCGGGGCAUCCCGCUCGGCUCCGCGCCCAGCCUCCUGACGCAGGCGGGCUUCACCCAGGCGGACGUGGAUGGGCGCCAACUGGCUUACCGACAUAACCCGAGCGCCGACCCAACGAGCCGGCCGCUCAACGACAGCUUCCACUUCCUGCCUGGCGACGGCCGCAACCGGGGCUACUUGAAAUACGGGCAGUUGAGGACGAAGCCGGCUGUCUUUCACAUACACGUGGAGCAUGCAGACCGCUCGGCUCCCUUCCUGACCGCCUUGGGUCGACCCAGCGAGGUGGUCCAGCUGAGCGACGGCCGCCGAGCACUGUUGAUCACGUCUAAGCAUCUGCGGGCCGCCGACACUCACAGUCCGCCUGAUCGGCUCCAGUUUGCCGUUAUCACACCGCCCCGCUUUGGCCACCUGGAGAACAUCCGCACCGGAGCUUACGUCCAAGGCCGUUUCUCACAGCGAGAUGUAGAGGGCCGCUCGCUGGUCUACGUGGUGCCUGCCGACGUAGACGUGACGGAAGACGGCUUCCUGUUCCGACUAAGCGACCCGGCAGGGAACGUCGCCGUGCCGCAAAUGCUGAACCUUUCCUGGUCCCGAAUCGAGUUGACAGCCAGCUGUUUUCGGACGUGCGAGACGGCAGGAAUGCUCCAGAUCCAGAUUCAACGACGUGGGAAGAGCGCCGACCCGGCCUACGUGGCCAUCCAGGCACAGGACGGGACUGCCAAAGCGGGUAGAGACUUUACACACAGCACAGCCGGACUGAUACAGUUCGAUCCAGGAGUGGACAGGAAAACGUGGAACCUUUACCUGGAAGCCGACAGCCUGGAGGAGAAUGACGAGAACUUCAUGGUCACGUUGAGGAACCCCAAGAAUGCCGUCUUGGGACAGACGACCUCAGCCAAGGUGGAAAUAAUUGACCCCAGAGGAGGACGUUGCAACCUCAGCAUAGAACAAACUGCCAAGGCCACUCCCCCUCCGAUGGUUGCCACACCUCCUCUGGCGAUUGCCACACUCCUUCCGGCAGAGGAUGACGGCAUGCUGGAUGUGGAGGCGGAGCUUCUGUGGGAGACCACCCACCCUCCCCGAGGCGACGUCCCGAACCGCCGACCCUUUACGGAUGACCACGGCCAGGAAGAACUGCAGGACCAAGUGCACCCCCCCCACACACACAAAGAAGUCGCCAGAAAUGCCGGCAAUGCUGGACUCAAGGUGCUGUCAGCGACCGCAAAGCCGGACCAGAAAGUUUGGACGUUCCACAGUCUGACUUCCCUACGGUUGGAGGAGGCAGUGGCAGUGGCACCGCCAGCAGAUAGCGCCACCGAUGAGCACCAUCCAGGAACGGCCCCUGUGACAGAUGACACGAAGGCGGACUCACACCAACGCAAAAUGGGGAGGUCGCUGGGUGGCCGCUGCCAAGAGGGCUGGACGCACCACGGCGGGUGCUGUUACCUGGCCAGCUCGUUCCUCGGCAGCUGGGCCAGCGCCGAGCGCGCCUGCUCCCUCCUGUCCAACAGCAGCCUGCCGAGCGUCCGCUCCAGGCGAGAACUGGGCUGGCUCUGGAGAUUUGUUGGCAGGAAACCGUUUUGGAUGGGCAGCAUCGAGAUGGCGGCAACGCACCGAGGUCUUUCGGGGUCGUCGCCAUGCUUGCUGGCGAAGAGCUCCUCCCGUUGGACGUCCGCCUACUGCAACGCAGACGCGCAGCACGCCUUCAUCUGUGAGGCACCGCCGCUGACUCGCGCUCGCUGACAGGCUAAAGCUGGAGCCGUCGUCCCGCCGCUCCUCUCGCCAUGGAUGACAGCGAUGAAGACGCCGAUGCUCGAUGGCUUUUAGGUUUCUUCCCGUGAGCGCCGCUCCUGCCCAAAGCAUGCAAAUGUCCCCCCCAUUGUGAAGUUGGGGAAGCUUGCAAUGAUGACACCUAAACGGCAGCCGCGUCUCGUUCAUAAUUUGCAAGUGAGCAAGAAAGCUGUGGCACACCUCAAACACCAGAGAGCCCCCCCCAAAGAAAUUCACAGUGCAAUUAAAUACGUGCCGCACACAUUUAACAUGCUACCACUCUUAUUGAAAGCUGAUACGUGUAUAUUUUAGCCACCCUCCAGCCCACCCCACACAGCCAACGCAAUUGCCAAUUGUGAAGGCAGUAUUUUAUCACCAAGCCAUCAAAUUACACACGGGGCAGCGAUGAGUGGUCACCAGAGCUCGGCAAAGGCACCUUUGACUAAACAAAAAGGAAAUCGUGAGCGUUACAAGAAAAUACUGGAAAUAUACAUGCAUAUCUACUUUUACACAAGCUGGAGAAAUGACUGGAAAUAUACACGCAGAUCUACUUUUACACGAGCUGGAGAAAUUGAUGAGUAAAACUGAUUCUAC